ACAACGUUUCAACACCCUUUUAAGCACUUCAUUCUCCCCCCUUAGUUUCUUCCACAAAAAUAGAGAUCAAAUUAAGUGGAAAAUUAAAAAAUGCCAGGCCUUACCAUUGGAGAUGACCUUCCUAAUCUCGAAGUAGAAACUACCAAUGGAAAGAUGAAACUCCAUGACUAUGUUGGUGAUAGCUACACCAUUCUCUUUUCUCAUCCAGGCGAUUUCACGCCAGUAUGCACCACGGAGCUUGGUAUGAUGGCAGCUUAUGCUAACAAAUUUGCUGAACUAGGAGUCAAGCUUCUGGGACUUUCUUGUGAUGAUGUUCACUCUCACAAGGAGUGGAUCAAGGAUAUUGAAGCUUACAACAAAGGACACAAGGUUACAUACCCAAUCAUUGCUGAUUCGAAGAGAGAAUUGAUUAAGCAACUGAACAUGGUGGAUCCUGAGGAGACCGACUCCUCUGGCCAUAAACUUCCUUCUCGUGCUCUUCACAUAGUUGGCCCUGACAAGAAGAUAAGGCUGAGUUUUCUGUACCCAGCAACCACUGGAAGGAACAUGGACGAAGUGGUGAGGGUGGUGGACUCAUUGCAGAAAGCGGCCAAACACAAAAUUGCAACCCCAGCAAACUGGAAACCGGGAGAGCCGGUGGUGAUCUCACCCAAUGUCUCCACUGAACAAGCUAAAGAGAUGUUUCCGCAGGGCUUUGACACUGCCAAUCUUCCAUCUGGCAAGAGUUACCUGCGCUUCACCAACGUCUAAAUAAAUAAUAAUAAUAAUAAUAAUGUAAAGAUGGAGUAGUAGUUGUGUUAUGUGUACUUAAUUUGGAUCCAGCAUGCACUUGACUUUUAAAUAUUACUGUUAAGUUUUUUUUUUUUGGUUGGUAAAUAAAGUUGUCAAGUUUCACUACUCCAUCUCUCUUCCUGUGGGUUGCGUGUAUGAUGAUAGAAAGUGUUUUUUUUUUGA